AUGACAAUCAAGGAAUUAGAAACCCAAUUUCAACAAUUAUCUGCUAAUCUCGCUGAACAGUCUACAAUCAUGAAGCAAGUAGUGGAGAAUCAGCAACGAUCAACCAAACGGAUGGAAGAUCUUGAAUCCAAGUUCACGUUAUUGAUGGAUCAAAUCUCGCAAAAUAGAGACUCACCUGCUGCUGUUACCGUUAACACAAUAGCUUCAGGAUCUGAGAUUCAAUCCAAUACAGGUAAAGGAAUUUUACCUACACCCAAAACAACCGACAAAGGAGGAUACAGCCCGACCUCUACAAAGGGUAGCUACUCCUCUAAGGGAGCAAAAAUGCCCAAGGUGGAAAUCCCAGAUUUUAAUGGUGAGAACCCAAGGAACUUUAUUCGGAAAUGUGAAAAAUACUUUCGGUUUUAUAGUAUUGCAGAAGAAGAACAGAUUGAGAUUGCGACGAUGCGAUUUGGUGAUAUAGCUGACAAUUGGCUUCAAGGAUGGGUCAGCGAUCAAACCAAUUCCUCAUGGUCUCAGUUUUCCAAAGAUUUGUGUGAAAGGUUUGGAGAGAAAUCAAGCAUGGAAAUCGUGGCUGAGUUUAACAAACUGCAGCAGGGCGCUGAAUCUGUGGUAUGUUAUCAAGAGAGGUUUGAGCAACUGAAGGCAAUAAUGCAGAAAUUCAAUCCUGGGCUAUCGGAAUCAUACUUUAUUUCGAGCUUUAUAAGUGGGUUGAGUGAGGAACUCAGAGCUAUGUUAAUGGUACACAGACCAAUCACCUUGAAUCAGGCUUUCACUCAAGCAAAAUAUCAGGAGCAAUCGUUUGAAGUUGUCCUUAGGAGGCAUAAACUGAUUCCGGGUAAGAUUACUACGGGGAAGUCAAGCUAUCCUAUCAGUUUUCCAUCGCCAAAACCCACAAUCCUGCAACAGAAAGAAGAAACUAAUAAGGAUUCGGGAGGGAAGACCAAUACAUGGGAACAAAGAAAAGCUGCCGGGUUAUGUUUUAAAUGUGGUGAUAGGUUCAGCCCUGGACAUCAGUGCAAGAACAAGACGCUCUUGGCUAUGGAAGCCAAUAUAGAUGACAUUGUUCAAGAAGAACUUACCUGUGAGGAAACCGAAGGAGAAAAUCUCAAAGGAGAACUGUCACUCGCGGCGGUAACAGGUCAGAAAUCGCCCAAUACGCUGAGGAUCAAGGGAAACAUUCAUGGAGUUCCUGUGGUAAUCUUGUUAGACACGGGCAGCACCCAUAGUUUCAUGAAUGCUGGGAUAGCUGCGAGAGUACAGGCAGCUAUUGUCACGACAGCUACUCUUUCGGUCACAGUAGCUAAUGGAGAACAAAUACUCAGCCAAACAGUAUGUCAGGGAAUGAAAUGGAAUAUGCAGGGACAGGAGUACGCCUUUGAUUUACGGGUUCUUACAGUGGUUGGGUAUGAUAUUGUAUUAGGAGUGGAUUGGAUGAUCAUGUAUAAUCCUUUGCUUUUUGAUUUUGUGGGCAUGACUCUUACUUUCAACAGAGAUGGGAAUGAGGUUAAAUUACAGGGCAUCCAAGACCAAGGAGAGCUGCAUUGUGUGAGUGGGAAGAAGAUGACAAGGCUUAUCAAAGAAGGGGGAGCGUUACUACCUGCUCAGCUAUUCUCCAUCAAAAUUACAGAACCCACGGUGGAAAAUCAGUUGAACACCGGAAUAGCAGAACCAGUUCAGGCAUUAUUGCAGCAAUAUGAGACCAUUUUCGCAACACCUACGGCUCUGCCUCCGGAAAGAUCACAUGACCAUGCUAUUAAUCUCCUGCCCAACACAAAACCUGUUAACAUAAGACCUUAUCACCACAACUAUUUUCAGAAAACGGAAAUAGAAAAACAGGUAAAAGAAAUGCUCAACACUGGAGUGAUUCAAUGUAGUCACAGUCCUUUCGCUUCUCCAGUCCUGUUAGUUAAGAAGAAAGAUGGAACUUGGCGUUUUUGCGUGGAUUAUAGACAAUUGAAUGAGAUGACAGUCAAAGAUAAAUUUCCAAUACCUGUCAUAGAUGAUCUACUGGAUGAAUUAAAUGGAGCAAGAUUCUUCAGCAAAAUCGACUUGCGAGCCGGUUACCAUCAAAUUCGAGUAAGAGUGGAAGAUGUUUACAAAACAGCAUUCCGAACUCAUCAUGGGCACUACGAAUUUAAGGUAAUGCCUUUCGGCUUGACUAAUGCUCCUGCUACCUUCCAAUCCUUGAUGAACCAAAUCUUUGGGCCUUAUUUGAGGCAGUUUAUUCUAGUCUUCUUCGAUGAUAUUUUGAUAUAUAGCAGAACUCUUGAGGAGCACUUAAACCAUCUAAAGAAAGUCUUUGACAUACUUAGUGAACACAAGUUGUUUGCCAAACAGUCAAAAUGUUCCUUUGCUCAGACUAGAGUUGAAUACUUGGGUCAUGUAAUUGAUGAAAACGGUGUACACACAGACCCCAGUAAAAUAGAGGUUAUGCAGAAUUGGCCAGUACCAACAAAUCUCAAGAGUUUGAGGGGAUUUUUGGGGUUAACGGGCUACUAUCGGAAGUUCAUCUAUCAGUAUGGGGCUAUAGCUAGGCCAUUGACCAAUCUUCUCAAGAAAGACGCGUUUGAAUGGUCGAAUGAAGCACAACAGGCUUUUGUUGAACUGAAGAAGGCUAUGGGUUCAGCACCAGUUUUAGCUCUUCCUGACUUUGCUAAAACGUUCGUGCUUGAGACUGAUGCAAGCAGUACUGGUAUUGGCGCGGUUCUAAUGCAAGACGGUAGGCCGAUAGCAUUUAUGAGCAAACCAUUGAGCCAACGAAAUCAGGGGCUGUCCAUUUAUGAAAAAGAAUUGUUAGCCAUCAUACAAGCCGUGCAGAAGUGGAGGCACUAUCUUGACUGUGGAGAGUUCAUAAUUAAGACCGAUCAAGAGGCAAUCAAGCACUCGUGCAAUGGGUUAAUCUACAUCCAGAUGAGAGCACAUGGGAGGAUUUGACUUUCCUCUAUUCUCAAUUUCCAGAACUUCACCUUGAGGACAAGGUGUCUCUUAAAAGGGGGAGUAAUGUCAUAGAAUCGGGCCAGGGCUUAGAUGGAAUUGUGAAGCAUGGUUAUGGGCUCAGGAAGAGAGGUGUCAUUGGGCCAAAGAACAAGGCUUAAUCUAUCCAUUUUGUUAUUUACCAUUUAUGCUUUUAGUUGUUAUUUACUUAAUGAGCUGAUGGAAUAUUCCUAGCUGUCAAGUUAGUUAGUAAUAUGAUUAUAUAUGAGUCAGUACUG